CAGCAACAGGCCAGGGAUGGAGUGAUUCACUGUAUGUAGAGAGAGAGAGAGAGAGAGGGAGGUAGACAGAGAGAGAGAGAGAGGAGUUUUACACCUCUGCACUGUUUCCUUUGUCAUCUGUUUUUCUGUCGUCGCCGUCUUGAUCUUAUUUGUGGCGUCUGUUCUCCUCCCUGUCCCUCCGUCUUCUUCCUCUACUCGUUGUUCAUUGUUCCUGGGAUGGACCUCAAGGUUGUUGUGACCUUCUCAACUCUUUUACUCAUCGCUGCUGGCCAAACAUCUUUUGGGUCAAACUCCACUGUGGCUCAAUUCAAUAAGACCAGCACUCCCAGCCGCACCUCCAUCAUCCCUUCAGAAGCCACUCCUCACCCAGACUCUAACCUAAGCCUUCCUGUAGGUGCCCUGGGUCUCCUCACAGUCACAUGGCACAAGACAUGUGAAGGAGAUGUGAACCUGAGCCUCAUCCAACCCCCCAUCUCCCCCCUGCCCGUCUGUCACGCCAGUCUAACACACAUCCAGAGUCUUUUGAGUAACGUUUGUAAGAACCAAAGAGGUUGUGCAGGCCCGCUGCGCUUGCAUGAAGGCCGAGGCACGCAGAAAGGUUAUAACAUCACAGCGAGUGGCGCAGAAGAGCAGAACGGCUGUCACACACUGAGGGUCCGAUGCAAAGAUGUAGAUGUAGAUGUAGGCCAUGGACAGCUCCAGGCCUACAAAGUGGUAACAGCUUUGCUCUGCUGCCUCUUGCUGCUUCUGAUGCUGAUACGCUUCACCAGACCCACCGUCAAAGCCCUGCAGAAGAGAUUUUCAGAGAGGAGGCAGAAUCGCUGGGUCGGACCUACACAGAGUCACAGUGUGUCUUACCAUCGAGGAAAAACUGCAGUUAAAACCAAUGAUGCAGAGAAGAGACUGUCCUACCCUGCUCUGGAGCGACUGGCCGUCAGUGACAGCAGAGAGCCGUCAUCCAACAGGAACAGUGAUUACAACUUCUGAAACGCCUGCUCUCCCUGCAUCCUCAUGAUCAUCAUCAUCAUCAUCAUCAUCCCCCAUCUUUAAAUAUGGGUCAAACAUAUGUGCUAAUUUAACAGCACCUCUGUUUGCGUAGAUAUAACUUAUCAAGACAUUAUUCAGGAUAAGAUAAAACUGAUCCUUCACCUCUUGCUAUAUCAGCUUUUUCUGCAUCACGUACUAAAACUUCAGCUAUAAAAGUCAAUAUUUACAACCGUCAAUAUAUAGUUUUGUAUCUAAACUCAAUUUAGCAACCUUUUUAUACAUGAAACUGGAAAUUAGUGCAGAACAAAUCCUGUUAAGCUGACUGAAGUUAUACUAAGAUGUGAUAUUUUAACGCACCCUUUAAUGUAAAACCACUUAUCACCACCAUUACAGUACAGUGUACUCAUAGAUUCGGCUUUUAGCGGUUAGCAUUGGAGCUACUUGUUCAAUGACCGCUGCUGGGCAAAGUGGUUGGCCAAAAAUCCGUAUAACGUAGUAUUAAGAGAGACAACGGUAGACGGUAGUAUGACCAAGAAAGACCAAUAUGUCACUGAAACGUACAUCUUUUGACCCCACUCACGAUCUCUUCCUAACCAUAACUGUCUCGUACGUCCCGACCCAGAGCGUCAAAAACUGAGGGGGGUGUUGGGUGUUGCCUCUUGGAUAGAUCGCUGACUAGCCUGUUAGCUAACAAGCUACGAUAUCAGAGAGCUUUGGAGUUGUUAGAGGGUACAUUUUCCACUUUAUGCUAGGCUAGCAGUUUCCUACUUCCUGUUUCUACACUAGUGUAGAGGAAACGCAUUGCGGACUCAAAGCGUCCAAAAUGUCUGAAUAUUCCUUUAAUCAGACGCUCUAAAAAUAAUUCAACUGUGGGAAUAUGUAUUCAAUGAAAUCUGAUGCACUGACAUUUUGACAGAAGUUGUAUUUCUUUUGUUGUUUGGAUUGCCCCUCGUGUUU